UUUUAGAAUCCGACAUGAGGCUCAUCAACGUAUUCUUCUUUGCCCUUUUGGUGUGCCUGUGUUACCCAUGGAGAUAUAGUUGUAAUUCCAGGGAAUGCUGUCCAGGCCUCGUCACAGAGAUCUGCUUCGAGAAAUGCAGAAAGAAUUUACCAACCUUCUUUCAAUGUUACGAGAGAUGCUUUUCCACUGUACGGGGUAGAUUGGAUAAGAUCAAGGACUCACUUUAACAAGUAACUAUAAAUCCUACAAGUAGACCUGUAACCGCUUGUAUGCACAUGCCUUAAUAUAAAGAGUGAUCAGAAAA